AUGCAAGCCCUAUCCCAUCGUCUAGACACGUCCCUCAGCUCGCUCGGCCAACGCCGAGGCUUUUCAGACCUGGCUCGCUUCUCUCUCGACCUACCGUGGCCGCGAGCAGGCUGCGAGGGUGCUUCUCUCGGGUCAGCUGGAGACUACCCAUCUCCGCCCAUGUCAGGGUCUCCACCGAUUCCGCCCAAAGGAACCCAGGAGGCCGAUGACCGACUCCUCCCCAUCUAUCAGGCGGCCACCAGCCAUGAUGUCUAUCGCGCAAGCGCGGCAACCACGACACAAGCAGAUUCGAGAAUGUUACCAGGGCUAUCCGCUCCCUUCCGGCCCUACCAGCCGGAGCCUCUCGAGCGCAUGUCAUAUGCUUACCCCCGCCCAGAGGACCCCAUGCAGAGACCGCUGUCGUCAUAUACAUCGCAACACAACCAGAUCCUGUCUCAAAACCCUUACCUUCCGACCCCAGCCACGAUACCUACCUCUGGACCUGUGCCAACGUACAACACUGUCACAUCCCGACCACCGACACAGGAAAGCCAGCAAUCCUUUGCCUCUCCCAAGUCGCAGAGAAAGACAAAGGGACAUGUUGCCGCGGCGUGUGUUCCAUGCAAGAAGGCGCAUCUUAGUACCACAGCCCAAAGACCGUGCAACCGAUGCGUCCAGAACAAUAAGGAAGAUUCUUGCAUUGACGUAACGCAUAAGAAACGCGGCCGUCCACGGCUUCGCGAUGACCACCACCGCGGAGCGGGCUUUGACCCAAGACUUGGACACAGUCAAGAUCCGAAUAUCCGUCGACCUAUGUCCCUAUUCGGCCCGCAUGGCCCCAUUGGGUAUGGCGAGGACCACUUGCGGAGGACGCAGCCCUAUCGAGUGUUGAAAUCACAACCUCCAGAGCCUUUAGCGCCUCGACUGCUCGAACGAGCAUCCGUCGGCGGUGCAAACAUAUUCCCUCCCCCACUCCAGAUCUCGACGAGACCACCAGAGCCGGCUGCCUUUCUGACGAUGGACAUGGUCAUUGCCAAGGCAUCCACCACGUUCCUAGAUGCUAUUGGCCGGCAGGGCGUACAGAACCUCGCAAUUGCGGAGAUUCUGUCCGUCGAAGAGCAAGCCAGGAUUAUGAUGUUGCAGCGUCAGAUCCAGGAUGAUCAGUUGAGGAGGGAGCCCAACUACCUACCACCCAUGUUCCUGAAACAAGAGGAAGAGAAGGUCUUCCGGACGCUUGGAUUUGGUAGGGAGGAGUUGGCACCAUAUCAUCUGGACACCAUAGAGACCCUCCGCUUUACGGAUUCGAGCGGCCAGAUCAGAAGCCAUUCUGUGCGACUUGGUCUCGCGAAAUUCGGCUCCGUCUUCUUCAUCAUCAUGGUCCUCAACACUAGCUUCAAACCCUUCCCGACGCCGUCGCCGCAGAGCCGAGAUUCGCGUGAACUUGGAUACUCUUACCCUUCGGGACACCAAAACACAUAUGGCCAGCCGACGCCAGUCUCAGCCACAUUUGAGGGACGGGGGAGAUCAGUGAGCGACUUGUCAUACCUCCCGAGACAGCCUGUGGCCUCUUCAUCAUCGUAUGCGGCGUCGCCUGGUCGACCGGAUUUCUCGUCCGGCCCGUCUGCAUACAUUCCCAGGAGCGAGCUGUCGAGUGCGGCCCGCUCCUCUCAGCAGCCCGGGUACCAGUUGCCGCCAAUCCGAAGCCAGCAGCCGCCGCAAUUCGCGCCUCAGCCUCCAUCUCAGUUGCAGCACGCCCAGGUCGAUAUCGGGGGUCUGAUCGAAAGGCCGGAUCCUCCUCAACGACACCAUGGCUGA